AUGCAGGAAUACUGUGACUCCCUCUUUCUUUCCUACCUCUUCCUGGCCUCCUUCUCCCGCACGACCGGGCAAGACCCGUGCCCCGAUCCCGAUGACAUCCUCCCCUGCAUCUGCUCCCAAGACGAAGUUUCUGGAGGCAUUUCCGUGGACUGUUCAGGUGCGACGUCAAGCGAUCAAAUAUUCAUUGCUUUUAAUGACGCCAUUUGGCCCAUCACGGAACUCGGGCAAUUUCGGCUUUACGAGAACGAUGCAGUUCAAGACUUGCCAGAAGGGGUCUUCGGUGACGUAUCUUUCGAGGAAAUAAUCGUCGGAAAUUCCGUCGUGGGCGCCCUCCAUCCCACGGCCAUACUCACCUCGCGAGAUCGACUUCGAACGCUGCAAGUCUCCUAUUGCGCCCUGGAAGAAUUUCCCUGGGACGUCAUCCCCCAAUUCGCGAAUCUCACCAGGCUGCAUCUCUACGGAAACGCUUUCACCGUCAUACCGCCGAUCCAGAGUGACAGUCUGGAGGAGCUCCUCCUCUUCGGGAAUCAUGUCGUUACGCUCGAGGUUGGAUCGUCUCUUCCGAACUUGGAUGUCCUCCACUUGAAUGAAAAUCCCAUCUCGGAGGUUCCGCCUGGAUUCUUCAGCGAUAUGGGGAAGUUGGGAAUGUUUCGUUGUCAAGCUUGUGCCCUCGGACCAAGUUUGCCAACAGGAUCCUUUGCAUUCCGUAGUCCAGUCCUGAGAAGUGUGAUGCUCCAAGACAACCCCAUCUCAAGUCUGGGAUCGCAUGCAAUCACUGGUUUCGGUUCCGACACGGAGAUACUCCUCCAAAAUAACCAGAUAUCCAGUCUGGAACGGCAGCCAAUCGCAGGUUUCGGGGCUAACACGCAAGUAAUUCUCUCUAACAAUGAAUUAAGUGAAAUGACGGAAGAGGUCUUCCGGGAGAUGCUACAAGAUCUGGUUCCUGGAAACGGGUUCGUCCUCCUGCAGGGAGAGGGGUUGGAAUGCUUCCAAUGUGGACCAGGAAAAAAAGCUUGCCACUCGUCAGGGGUGGAGAUGGAAGUGAUCUCGUGCAAUGGGACUCGGUUCUGCGUCAAGGACUACAACAAGAGGAAAUCUGUUGGCACAAAAUGGCUUCAUGCCAUCCUCCACGUCCUCCUCCAACAAGGAGAGGGGUUGGAAUGCUUCCAAUGUGGACCAGGAAAAAAAGCUUGCCACUCGUCAGGGGUGGAGAUGGAAGUGAUCUCGUGCAAUGGGACUCGGUUCUGCGUCAAGGACUACAACAAGAGGAAAUCUGUUGGCACAAAAUGGCAAAUGUUGGAGGACGCGUACGGAUGUUGGGAAGGAAAACCAGAGGGAGUCUUCCCGAACGAUGAGACGAAGAUCAUAUCAGACUGCUUCCCCUACCAUUUUGACGACCCCCAACAUAAAGAGGGCAACAUUUGCUUCUGUCAGGAGGACCGCUGCAAUGGUUCAAUCGUUCCACAUCCGACGUUCUCUCUUUUCAUCCCUCUUCUUCUCAUUGCUCUUUAUGUGAGAUAACCUUGCUGAUUCUAUUUCUGAUACAUUCAUGGAGUCAGUAAGUUCCCUUAACAGGAUGAGGCAAAAUUAAUUCGACUGGUUCCUUUUAGAGAGCUAGAAAAGCAUGCAUAUCUCAGUCCUUCGUGAGUCCGCAACCUAGAAGUAUAACAUAAGAGUGGAAAUGAUACCACUGGUAAGGAUUUGAAUCUACUUUAUUUUGCCUCAGCCUGGAUUCAUGUUCAUAUUAUAACAGAUGUGUUUUCAUGAACCAAAGGAAUCC